AUGUCAGCAGAAGCAGGACCACUUCUAGCUGUUGCAUGCAUGGCAGAUGAAGAGUCACGUGCCCAUACUUCUUCCUCUGAUCUUCAUCAGCAAUGCUGUGGUCUUGGAACAAGUGCAACUCUCACAGCUUCCCGAAUAUUCACUCAUCCAAAACAAGAUAUACGAGUAGAUUACGAUAAAACCAAGGAAGACCAAGGCCAUGAAGGUGGAGACGAGGAAGAUGCAUUUGAAUUUAUCAUCAAGAACAAAGGUGUAGCAUCUGAAGCUGCUUACCCUUACACUGAAGCCAAUGGAAAGUGCAAAAAAGAAAAAAGGCCUUUGUAG